ACCCGAAUCCGAAAAAUGGAGUUCAAGUUCAAAGACGAAAAGAAUUUGGAGCAGCGAUUGGAGGAGCUGCACAAGGACGUUUCGAGGAAGCAGAAAUUCGAAGACGCCGUCGCCGCCCUGAAUUCGCUGCUCCGCGACCACUACUCCUCCGCCUCUCCGUCCCUCCGGAAACUGUUCUACGGCGUCGUUUGCAGAGUCGCCACCGUGUUGAAGACCCGGUACACCUCGCUGGGUUUCUGGGCCGCCGGACUCGCCCUCUUUCAGCUCGCCCAUUCCCUCGUCUCCGACCCCUCCGAGAAGGCCCACUUGCUCGCUUGCAUCGAUGAGGCACGACAGGUCGUUCAUCAGGAAAACGACCCCCCGCAGCCGUCGUCUUCUCCAAAUCAAGGAUAUUUGUUUGAGGGGCAUUUGACGGUGGAUCGGGAGCCGCCGCAACCGCAGUGGCUGGUGCAGUCGAAUCUAUUGACGGCGGCCAUGGCGGCGGGGUCGUCUUCUGAGUCGGGUCCCGGAAACGAAGAGAACUCGGAAAGCGCGGUGAAUCUGCUUCAGUCACUCAUCGACAACCUCGACAGCGUUUUGCCGCCGGGGGUUUUGGAUGACGUGAGGGCGGCUCCAAGGGUCCCGCCUGCGAGCAAACAGGUGGUGGCCAGUCUUCCGGUAGUCACGAUCACGGAGGAAGUGUUGAAGAAGCUCGGAGAGGACGCGGACUGCUGCAUUUGUAAGGAGAACUUGGUUGUCAAUGACAAGAUGCAGGAGUUGCCCUGCAAGCACACUUUCCACCCUCCUUGCCUAAAGCCAUGGCUGGAUGAGCACAAUUCUUGUCCGAUAUGCCGGCAUGAGCUGCAGACGGAUGAUCAUGCGUACGAGAGUUGGAAGGAGAGGGAGAAGGAGGCCGAAGAAGACAGAAAAGGGGCUGCGAAUGCGAUUCGUGGUGGUGAAUAUAUGUAUGUUUAAUGUUUACAUCUUCAACAAUUUGUCAAAUUUGCAGCUUCAUUCAUAAAUUCUUAUUCGGUUCGUUACAUUAAGCAUGUCUAUGAGUGUGGUUUCUUUUACUGUAAUGGCAUUUUCAUUUGGGAAACAGACUUUCAAGAUUAUGACGAAGCACAUUGCAAUA